GACCAGUACACCGAGCAACGUUAAGGUGUUGGUAUAUUUGAGAACACUCAGUCCGUGAAUAUGCAUCCACAACUAUUACUUGUCUUUUUCGUCUCGUCUGUUUCUUGCCAAAAGGAGGGUUUCACAGUAAAUGAGGAGCAGGACGCGGUACUUCAGAGUGAUGACAAUAUUGAUGAUCUAGCGUUGGAUGUUUCUCAGUUGGAUUUCGGGGUACCAUACAACGAGAAUUUUGAGGAACGAUUGGUCAAGCUGGAAGAUUUAGUAGAGAAUAUGCAGAAGACGUGUUCCAGAAGUUGUACGGGUAGUCAAGAAACAGCCGUUUGUCCUGAAGACUUCAUUUGGAACAAAGCUCUCAAAUUUUGCUACAAGAUCCAUGCCGAUGACAAACUGAAGUGGGCUACUGCUCAGUUGGUGUGUGCUGCUGAGGUACCAGGUGGAAGACUAGCCAUCUUCGACACAGAUGAGAAACGCCAGGCUGUCUACAAAAACAUUCAAGAUGGAACAGGUAAGCCCCAGAACUACUUCGUAGGUGCUCGGAGAACGCAUGGGGAUUUCCAGUGGACCGAUGGCACUACGAUGACUAACGUGAAAUGGUGUGAUGGUGAGCCCAAUGGAACCAAGUGCGGAAGCAUGUGGGCACGCAAGGACUACUGCAUGGAUGACGUGUCCUGUAGUUGGAAUCAGGGAUUUGUCUGCGAAAAGCCAAUGAAAUGAAAUAUUAAUUGAUAUAUUUUGAUUAUUUUACGUUUUUUUUAUUGUUGUAGUGAAAUAUAUUCAGUUCAUUCAAUGUUAUUAAUCAAAACACACUAAUUGAUGAGAGUUGUGCUUCUUCUCAUGAAAGCAAAGGAAUAUGUAAAACUUAAGAAAUAAACUAAAUGUAACUUAAUAUGAUAUUUCGGCAUCCUCAAACUGUACAUCUGCCAUAUGGACACAAUCAAAUAUACCUACAUGUAUAACGAUUACACUAUGAGUAAGUAUUUCGUUCAUUAGAUACGUUUUGAACAAUUCGUAGCCAGAUAUAUAAUAUACUUGCAGGCAUGGGUGCAGUAAUAUGUUUCUUACACACCCCAAAUCGCACCAUUUUACAGCAUCGAAUCGAUACAUAUUUUGUCUGUUCUCAUAAUCGUUGCACUGAUACAUAGAAACGGCCAUGAGUCACUUAAUCCGGCUUUCUGCAAACUACUCAGACGUCGUGUGACUCUCAACAAACACGUUUCUGACAUAUCUGUGGAUUACAAUGAUGAUGAUGAUGAUGAUGAUGAUGAUGAUGAUGAUGAUGAUGAUGAUGAUGAAAAUGCAAACCAGAUAUGUUCAAAGAACAUUUAUGCAACACUCUAAAUUCAAGUUUAGACAUAGACCGAGAAUUCGUGAUGACCAUCCAGUAGCCAGUCACGGGCCUGGAUAUCGAUCCCCCACAUGUUUUUGAUACCAGUUAUCUCAAAUGAGUUUCUCACCCACGGGUGUGGAAGAAAUCUCAUUCUCACUCAAAGAAUACUUAGAAUACGUAUGUUGUAGGUUCAUGUUAUUUUUACGUUUCUUUUCAAUACACAUUUGCAAAUCA